AUGUCGACCAUGUCGCAGGUGUUCAACCAGCUGCCGAAACAAUGGCAGCUCCUCUUCAUCGGCGUCCUGCUGCCUGUCCUCUCCUUGCUGCUGAUAGUGCGGAGGUCGUCCGCCGAGAAAGGGCUGAAGCUGCCCCCAGGCCCCGUGCGGCUGCCGGUGCUUGGUAACCUGCACCAGUUGGGCCCGCUGCCGCACAGGAGCCUGCGGGAGCUGGCGCAGCGGCACGGCGCCGUGAUGCUGCUGCGGCUGGGCGCGACGCGGAUGCUGGUGGUGUCGUCGGCGUCGGCGGCGCGUGAGGUGCUUCAGACGCAAGACGCCGACUGCUGCAGCAGGCCGGCGUGCCCUGGGCCGAGGCUGCUGUCGUACGGGUUCAAGGACGUGGUGUUUGCCCCCUACGGCGAGGGGUGGCGCGAGCGGCGCAAGCUCGUCGUCUCGGAGCUCCUGAGCAUGCGCGGUGCCAAGGCCGCGUGGGGCGCGCGCCAGGAGCAGGUCGACAUACUCAUGGCCGCACUGACCAACGGCAGCAAUAAGCCGGUGUCCCUCGGCGACCACAUCUACGGCGUCACCGACGGGAUCAUCGGCACGGUGGCGCUCGGGAGCAUCUACGGCAAGGACAAGUUCGCGGGCAAGAAGCGGCAGUUCCAGGAUUUAUUCCACGAGGCCAUGCGCAUGCUGGGCAACUUCUCCGGCGAGGACUUCUUCCCCAACGCCGUCGGUCGCAUCGUCGACCGCAUCACCGGCAUCGUCGCACGCCGCGAGAAGGUCUUCAGCGAGCUGGACGGCUUCUUCGAGAUGGUGGUCGAGGAGCACCUGAAGCCCGGGCGUGCCAAGGGGAGUGGGGACCUCGUCGACGCGCUCAUUGACGUCUGGAAGGAGGGCCAUGGCUUCACAAGGGACCACAUCAAGGCCAUCAUCCUGGACACGUUCGUGGGCGGCGUGGAGACGAGCUCGUCGACGAUCCUGUGGGCGAUGUCGGAGCUGAUCAGAAGGCCGCGGAUACUGAAGAAGGUGCAGGAGGAGAUUCGAGCCGCGGCGGGCGGCAACGAGCGGGUGCUGCCGGACGAUCUGCCCAAGCUGACCUACCUGAAGCGGGUGAUGAAGGAGACCCUGCGGCUUUACCCGCCGGCGACGCUGCUUGCGCCGCGGGAGACGAUGCGACAUGUCAGGAUCGGCGGGUACGACGUGCCGGCCGGAACGUGGGUGUCGGUGAACGCGUGGGCGAUAGGGAGGGACAUGGCGAGCUGGGGCGAGGACGCGGAGGAGUUCGAGCCGGACAGGUUCCUGGACAGCGUGGUGGAGUUGCAGGGGACGCACUUCCAGCUGCUGCCGUUCGGAGCCGGGCGGAGGAUCUGCCCAGGCAUUGCAAUGGCGCUGAUGAACGUUGAGUUCACGCUCGCCAACAUGCUGUGCGGUUUCGACUGGGCGCUGCCGGAAGGGGUGAAGCCGGAGGACGUGUGCAUGGAGGAGGCCGGCGCGCUCGCCUUCCACCGCAAGACGCCGCUCCUACUCGUGCCCACCCCGUACCGCGCUGUCUCAGUACAGGGACGUGUCGACGGCCACUACGUCAGGUGCUAG